GCAUGAAAGUUUAAUGGCUGAAACCAACAACAAUACUAUGAGAAACUCAAGCCAUUGGAAAUCCAUUUACAUUUUUGCUCACAAAGUGAAAAGAUUUCCAGGUUUAUUCAGGAGGACAAUUUGGAAAGUUGGCAAAGAUGAUCCGAGAAGAAUAAUCCAUUCUCUGAAAGUUGGUCUGGCUUUAGCACUUGUAUCUUUGCUGUAUCUAAUGGAGCCAUUGUUCAAAGGGAUAGGGAACAAUGCUAUGUGGGCUGUCAUGACUGUUGUUGUGGUCAUGGAGUUCACUGCAGGUGGAACCUUAAGCAAAGGACUAAAUAGAGGAUUGGGAACUUUGUUAGCAGGAUCAUUAGCGUUUUUUAUUCGGUAUCUUGCAGAUGUUCCUGGUCAGAUUUUUCAUGCAAUUUUCAUCGGCGCUACAGUUUUUCUUUUAGGAGCUGCAGCUACCUAUGUCAGAUUCAUUCCUUAUAUAAAGAAGAAUUAUGACUAUGGUGUUUUGAUAUUUCUCUUGACCUUUAAUUUGAUAAUGGUAUCAAGUUACCGCAUUGAUAAUGUUUGGAGCAUCGGGAAAGAUCGCAUCUCUACAAUAUGCAUAGGCGUUGCUCUUUGUCUUGUGAUGAACCUAUUGAUAUUUCCAAACUGGUCAGGGGAAGAACUCCAUAAAUCUACCAUAUCAAAGCUUGAAGGCUUAGCCAAAUCUAUAGAAGUUACUGUUGUGGAAUAUUUUUAUGAUUCUGAAAAACAAGCAAAUGAAGAUGAUUCAUCGGAGGAUCUAAUUUCCAAGUGCUAUGAAGCCGUUUUAGACUCUAAAGUUAAGGAUGAAACACUGGCAUCGCAAGCCAGUUGGGAGCCAAGAUACUCAAGAUGCUGCCGGAGGAUCCCAUGGCAGCAAUAUGCUAAAGUAGGAGCUGCUCUUCGCCAUUUUAGUUACACUGUCGUAGCAUUGCAUGGAUGUUUGCAGUCAGAAAUUCAGACACCGAUGUCAAUCCGUGAUCUAUACAAAGAUUCUUGCAUCAGACUUGCACAAGAAGUAUCAAAAAUACUAAGGGUAAUGGCCAAUAGCAUAAGGAAAAAACAUCAAUUUUCCGUUCAAAUUCUCUCAAAUAAUCUCAAUGAAGUUUUACAAGACCUUGACAAUGCAUUGAAAUCGCAACCCCAUCUUUUACUAGGCUCGAGGAAUGGUCGAAGUCGAACACCCAGAACCCCUAAAACCCCCAAAACCCCAACUCAAGCAACUACUGCACAUAAUGGCAACAAGCUUGAAGAAGAAACUAGAACCUCGUUAUCAAGUAUUAAAAGUGAUUGUUGUUCUCCAGUUGGAAGUAGACUAAAAGAGCACUCCCGAGAACAAACAAAAGAAGGGCAUGGACACAAGAAGGUUUUGAGGCCACAACUUAGUAAAAUUAUAACCACUAACCUUGAGUUCUCAGAAGCACUACCUUUUGCUGCUUUCGCUUCACUGCUAGUGGAGAUUGUUGCAAAACUAGAUCAUGUUAUGGAUAAAGUUGAAGAGUUGGGAAACAUGUCUCACUUUAAAGAACUCAGAGAUGAUGAUGAGAAUAUCGUUGUCACUUGUGAGAGACCAAAAGUGAAUAUAGUUGACAAUGACUUGCCUUCUUAUGGAGCAGAAUAGUUGUUACUGGAUGUGUAUCUCUCCACGAGAAAAAGUGAAUAUCGUUGAAUGAUGUUUACAAUAUAUUACUUAUUUUAUGCCUUCUGCAUAGGGAAGAUUAAGGCACGUCCUGCAUCCGGACAAGUAGUUUGUGCGUACAUUAUAGCUGUGAAGUUUCAGUUCUUUGAGAGCCAAGUCCUAAUUAUCAUUCCUUGAUAGGAUCUAUUUGGUACUAUGAAGAUCCAAAGAACAAGCUAGUAAAUGUUCUGACUUCUGAACAUGAACACUGACAGAACACAACUACCUUUAUUUGUUAAUAAGCAAAGACAUGAUAUGUUUGAAUCUUAAUAUUUUACUUACUGCUGCAGAAAAUUGCAUAGCUUUGUCUUUAGUUAUUACAAAAACUUUAAAAAACAAACAAGGUAUUCUUGAAGCACUAAUCUAAAUAGAUGUUCUAUAUAUGAUAUUCACUACUGGUUUUCUAGGCCUUGAGGGCUUAUCAUCA